AUGUCGGGAGCAGCGUCUGGAUCGAAGCGCAAAGCGGUCGGGGCUAGUUCGAGCCGUUCUUCCAACGGAAAGAAGGCCAAAUCGGUCAGCACGGAGGGGGAUGCGUCUAUACCGCUUGGUCGGGCGUUGGCGUCGACGGAGAAGCGCACGCGCGAUGCAGCAGUGCGUUCGCUCACAGCCUACCUGUCCGCCAACGGUGCACACACGAUCGACCCGCUCGAGCUGGGUAAGCUCUGGAAGGGACUGUUCUACUGCUUUUGGAUGUCGGACAAGCCGCUGGUGCAGCAACGACUCGCCAACGAUCUGGCCAACCUUGUACUCGUCCACCCUACCUCAACUGAAGAGGCAGGGGAGAUGAGCCAGCGCGUAAUGGCGGGGUUGACGUUCCUGGAGGGGUUUUGGGACACGUUGGUGGCGGAAUGGGCGGGACUGGACAAGCAUAGGAUCGACAAGUACUACCUGCUGGUAAGGAGGUUCGUUGCGGCAGGAUUUAGACUGCUUGCAGAGGAAAAGUGGCAACCAAAAGCGGUAGAGAGGCUCGCAGCAAUGUUGGGCAAAUGGCCAGGUGGAGCGCUCAGUACCAACGACCCUAAAGUACCCGAUUCCUUGACGUACCACUUGUCGGAUAUCUACCUCGACGAGCUGGAGAAGGUGAUUGAAACCGUGCACGACGAGGAGAAUGGUCAAGAACAGGAGGAGGAGGAAGAGGAGGAGGAUUUGCCGCUCGUGCCGACGCUGCAGCUGCUCAUGCCCUUCGUCGACGCACUGGCAACGGCCAAGAGCAAGGCCAUGUACGACCGCAUCUGGUCCAACGUGUUUGAACCGCUGCUCGACGAUACGCUGCGUGCAUCGGCUCGCGACGACGACUCGCAAGACGGCUCGGAAGACGAAUCGGAACAGGACGACGAACAAGACGACGACCAAGACGAUGCAGAGGAGGAGGCGGGUGAUGAGACGACGACGGGGACGGAAUUCCACUCGUUUGCCGACGAAUCCACGCUCACGCACACAAUCGACGACGACGAAUCGGAACCUUCACUCGCUUCCGACUCGGACGACGAGGAUGAAGAAGAAGACUCGGACAACGACGUUCGCUAUCCUCUGCUACUGGCUCUUUCAUCCGUACCCAUCCCCACCGACGUCGACGAAGACGAUGAGCAACUCGACGUGGCACUCGUACUGCGCAAGGCCAUCUUCCAGGCGCUCUUCACCGCCGCCUCGCGCAAGGACGCCACGGAAGCGCGUCGUCGUCUUCUCUACCAGCUCUGGCGCGACGAACAAGACCGUCUCAACGAUUCCUAG